UAGUUAAACUUGCACGCUCGCUCCUCGUCGAUCAUGGCGGAAGAUCUCGCGGAUAACCCUCAGUUAUUCGAGGGAGACGAGCUCAUGGCGGAAGCGGUGCCGGCUGAGAGCGGUGGCAGCGCUGAGAAGAGGAGAAGAGAGGAGGCCGGCGAGGAGGACUCUGUUUCGAAGAGGCAGAAGCCGGAGGGUUGUUUGGAAGAAGAAGGGACGGAUGGAGUUGAAGGAGAGGAGGAAGUUGGAGGCGAUGUGGAGGUGCGAAGAAGCAGGGACGGUGGGGAGUCGGAGGUGGCAAGUAUCGGACCGAAGGUGUUUACGUCGUCAGUGGAGAUGUUUGAUUACUUCCUGAAGCUUCUCCGUUCCUGGUUGCCCAAUCUUAAUAUCAACAAGUAUGAGCACAUGGUAUUGCUGGAUUUGCUGAAGAAGGGGCAUCCUGAACCUGCCAAGAAGAUUGGAGAAGGAAUCGAGGCAUUCCAGGUGCGCUAUCACCCGACAUAUAAAAGUCGAUGCUUCUUUCUUAUUCGGGUCGAUGGUACUACUGAUGAUUUUAGCUUUCGUAAAUGUGUGGAUAAGAUACUCCCCUUGCCUGACCAUCUGAAAGUCCAGUCAACAUCAGAUAAUGAUAGGGUUUUGGGCAACAAACAUGGAAGCCAUCAGAGAGGAGGUGGCAGAAGAGGUGGUCGAGGCUAUGGAAAGAGGGGUGGUUUCAGGAAAUGAAUGUCAGAAUUUUUUUUUCCUUCUGAUUUAAAAUAAAUGCCAGAUUGAAUUUUAUUUUACCAAAGGGAACCAUUAUGCACGAGUGCUUUUUAUAAAAUAGAGCCUUCUUUCUA